AUGGGUGCAGAGCCGGAGGAUCCCUAUCCCGGGGAUCGUGUUUGUCCGAGUCGCGCAGAAUUCUAUGCUGUCGCUACUGCCAGCUACAACUUUUGGACAAUUUCAACUGCCACAUCACAAGAUUUCGACAUCGAACGAUGUUUGUACGACCUUUUCGCCGGAGUGCCACCGUUCUCACUUAAUUCCAAGCAAAGGCUCUCCUGGGUCGAUGGUGAAUGGCUGCAUCUGAAAUGCAGAUCGGAAUGGGAGACGACGAAGGCUACAGCAUGUAAUGUGAGAGUGGGAGAUCUCACUCACUACGCAAGACUGGGUCUCUCCACGCCGAUAAGCUACGACCACGAAGAGGGGGCCCUGACCUCGACUCUUUCUUCGGGGAUGGGAGCUUCGCCGAAUAUGGCAUGCCUUAUACGAGCUUGGUGUUAUAUUCUCUCUUGUCGAUGGGCAGAGAGACUUGCGAUAGCUGGGGAACAUGCGCAACUUCUGCAGCCGACGCCGCUAAGUUUGUCCAAUUUCUGGGAGAUUGCUCUUGCGGGGGACUGGCAUGCUGUAGUCACUCGAGGCGAAAAUACUUACCACGCCCCCUGGUCUUGGUCAAAGAACACUUCAACAGCGCACAUUGACUUGCCAGAAUGGCCUCCCCAGUCCAUUUUGGCACUAGAAGCACUUGAACACUUUUGUGCUACAGAAAGCAUGCGCAGAGAAGCUAUGCUUGCUCUCUGUACCGUCAUGCUUCUUUCGCAAUAUCCCGAUAAGAACAUCAAACUCCCAAAGUACUCAUUACCGACUGGUAAGUCAGACAGGUGCCUGUCUCGCCACAAAAGGUUUGAGGCUUUGGUGGACAAGUCUAUCACUCUCAGCUGCGCCGAAGAAGGUAUUGAAUCGAUCUUGAGCAGCCCAUUUCUAGAUUCAGGCGUGCCGUGCACUUUGGUUGGGGCCCACCUCCUAGGGGUUCGCCAGGUGGUGGCAGAGGGCGGGAACAUGAAGUCCCUGGAAGGUUUCAUGAUCCAGAAGAGACCUACUAUAGCGCCACUCUGGCUGGCUGCCAUCUGGUGUGGUCAGGCUGGGCAUAUCCUCAACAAUGCUGUUCUUGGGUAUUCAUCUGUUAACCUUCCGGUCUCCACUUGGACUGGGAUUCCGCAGUCAUUUAUUCAGUACGACUACAUCUCCAGCGGACCGCAGGGAACUAUACCACGGGCUAACGAAUAUCGCAUAACAUACUUGGUGAACGCAAUGGCAUUCCAGCCGAAAACGCCCUAUCCGCCAUUUGGAUAUACUAAGGAGAAUAACCUCAGCUUAGAGGUGAGCGCUCAUCUGUAUCACGAUCACUAUCUUCAGAGUUACAAGAUGUUUUGGGUUGUGGCGGAGGAGGAGGGGGUGGAAGGCGAAGAUAUUCUUGCCCAGUCUCUUCGACUUUCACGGCGGAGUGCUAGUCUGCAGCUCGGAAAGGAUCUGCCUUCAGGAAAGCCUGACCUCUUCCGAUCCGAAUUCCUCGCCGAUGGUGAUUACGCUUCAGAAAAUGCUACUCGUAAUAUUGUCAAUUGGCACAAGGACACAGAGGAAGGUGGCAUCUGGAUUGAUAUGGGUAACGACCAUGAGACGCGCAAACUUCACAUGCAUCCUUGGAUACAUCGAGAGUCAUCAGAAUACGACUCGGACGCUUCUGACGCUUCUGACGCUGGCGCUCGGGAGAUUGUGUCUGGGUCUCGGGACGACACCAUCAAGAUAUGGGAUACGACGACGGGGCAGGUGGAGAAGACGCUAGUCGGUCACUCGAGUUUCGUCAACGCGGUGACAUUCUCACCCGAUGGUCGAAAGAUUGUGUCUGGAUCUCAGGACGACACCAUCAAGAUAUGGCAUGCGACGACGAGGCAGGUGGAGACUACGUCGAUCGGUCACUCGGAUGUGGUCAGCGUGGUGGCAUUCUCACCGGAUGGCCGAAAGAUUGUGUCUGGAUCUUGGGACAAGACCGUCAAGAUAUGGGAUGCGACGACGGGGCAGGUGGAGAUGACACUGGUCGGUCACGGGAACUGGGUCACUGAGGUGGCAUUCUCACCUGAUGGCCGAAAGAUUGUGUCUGGAUCUCAUGACAAGACCAUCAAGGUGUGGGACAUCGAGGACGCCCUGAAUUCGUCAAAGUGGCUCGCAAAGCCCUUGGGUCGCCGUCUCAAAUUUCAGACGUUCCGACAAAUUCAGACGUCCGGGGUCGUAUAUCAAAUGAAUUCUCCUCCGACGGCAAACACUUGA